AUGGUAUUACCAGCCAACUUACAAGGCAAUUUGAUGCCUUCUGAGAUUAAUUUCUUAGCUGAAAAUGAACUAAUUACAAUUUUACCAAGAUAUACUAUGAAGAAAAUACAACUAAUAGGUACAAAAAUCCCCAAUUUAAGAGCUAUGAGACGAGAAUCAGUUCCUCUUUGGGUAGCAUUAAUAUUAAAGUCACAAGAUAAAUGUAGCAUAGUACCUCCAAAAUGGUUGAAUGUACCAUAUUUGAAAGAAAAAUAUGAUGAAGAAUUACGAAGACCACAUCAAUUUAGUGAUUUACCUUGGAAUUGGCUAGAACUUUCCAAGAUACUAUUAACAAGAGCUGCUGAUGAUUUGCAAGACCCUCCACAUCAAUUAAGAUCAAUCAUACAAGAUUUGCGGGAAAUACGAUUGGUGAAAUCAAGGAAAGGUCUACGAGAAUUGAAUGAAUCAAAUAUACAAUUGAAUGGGUUAUCAUUGUUGGAGAUUAAUGAAUUAAGGCCGUUUGUUCUUAAUGUUAUGAAUAAAUUGAGGCAAUUACAUGAUUCGAGUCAGACUAAAGCAGCUGAAGAGAUUGAAGACGAAGAUAUGGUAGAUGUUUCUGAUGAUGAUUAUUAG